AUGUCAGGUGUAGCUUUGUUAACCCAAGCAAAUCAUGUACCAUCACCACCAUCGAUCCGUAGAACGUCUAAUCCGACUUCAACUCAUCAAUCUAAUGGAAACUUAAACGAUCCACAACUUUUGAAUAUCAACUCUUCGACUUCUAAUGGGUUUCGAUCACCUACUUCUGUACUUCAUCAACAUGGCUCUAAUUAUGAUUUGGCUAGUGAAUUUGAUGAUCAGUUUCUUGGAACGGGCUAUGCUGUGGCUUCUAGAAAACGAAACUUUGAUUUCCAUUCAAUCUUUAAAGCUAUUCCUCAAGAUGAUUAUUUAAUUGAAGAUUAUGGUUGUGCUUUACAACGUGAUAUUUUGGUUCAAGGUAGAUUAUAUAUUUCUGAACAACAUCUUUGUUUUAAUGCGAAUAUCUUUGGAUGGGUUACAACUUUGGUCUUACCAUUUUCAGAUGUGGUUUCGAUUGAAAAGAAAAUGACUGCUUUGAUUAUUCCGAAUGCAAUACAAGUGAUGACCAUGCAAAGUCGUCAUACAUUUGCUUCAUUUAUCUCACGUGAUGUAACAUACGAUUUAAUGAAUAAUAUAUGGAGGAUUUCACAUCCCACAAUUCCAACGCAUAAUAAUUCAUCAACAAUUUCAUUGAAUCCAGCUAUAGGUAAU